AUGAAUGAGGGCUAUGCAUUUAUACUGUCUACUGAAAUUGGUGCCUUGAAGGACUACUAUCAUUUCUACCAUAGCAGGACGAUUAAAAGGUCAGUUCUCUCGAGCAGAGGGACCCACAGUUUCAUUUCAAUGGAACCGAAGGUGGAAUGGAUCCAACAGCAGGUGGUCAAAAAACGGACCAAGAGGGAUUAUGACCUCAGUCGCACCCAAUCUACCUACUUCAAUGACCCCAAGUGGCCAAGCAUGUGGUAUAUGCACUGCAGUGACAACACACACCCCUGCCAAUCAGACAUGAAUAUUGAAGGAGCCUGGAAGAGAGGCUACACGGGAAAGAACAUUGUCGUGACCAUUCUGGAUGAUGGUAUUGAAAGGACCCACCCUGAUCUGAUGCAAAACUAUGAUGCGCUGGCCAGUUGUGAUGUGAAUGGGAAUGACUUGGAUCCAAUGCCUCGUUACGAUGCGAGCAAUGAAAACAAGCAUGGGACCCGCUGUGCUGGGGAAGUGGCGGCGGCUGCAAACAACUCUCACUGUACUGUGGGCAUUGCUUUCAACGCCAAGAUUGGAGGUGUGCGAAUGCUGGAUGGAGAUGUCACAGACAUGGUGGAAGCGAAAUCAGUCAGCUUCAACCCCCAGCACGUGCACAUUUACAGCGCCAGCUGGGGCCCAGAUGAUGACGGCAAGACCGUAGAUGGGCCUGCUCCCCUCACCCGACAAGCCUUUGAAAAUGGAGUGAGAAUGGGGCGGAGAGGCCUUGGCUCGGUGUUUGUCUGGGCGUCUGGCAAUGGUGGGAGGAGCAAAGACCACUGCUCCUGUGACGGCUACACCAACAGCAUCUAUACCAUCUCCAUCAGCAGCACAGCAGAAAGCGGAAAGAAACCUUGGUACCUAGAAGAAUGCUCAUCUACGCUGGCCACAACCUAUAGCAGUGGAGAGUCCUAUGAUAAGAAAAUAAUCACAACAGACCUAAGGCAACGAUGCACAGACAACCACACCGGGACAUCUGCCUCAGCACCUAUGGCUGCUGGCAUCAUCGCGCUGGCCUUGGAAGCCAAUCCGUUUCUGACCUGGAGAGACGUACAGCAUGUUAUUGUCAGGACUUCCCGUGCGGGACAUUUGAACGCUAAUGACUGGAAAACCAAUGCUGCUGGUUUUAAGGUGAGCCACCUUUAUGGAUUUGGACUGAUGGAUGCAGAAGCCAUGGUGAUGGAGGCGGAGAAGUGGACCACAGUUCCUCAGCAACACGUAUGUGUGGAGAGCACAGACCGACAGAUCAAGACCAUUCGCCCCAACAGCGCUGUCCGUUCCAUCUACAAAGCCUCGGGCUGUUCCGACAACUCCAACCACCAUGUCAACUACCUGGAACACGUAGUCGUACGCAUUACCAUCACCCACCCUCGAAGAGGAGAUCUAGCCAUCUACCUGACUUCUCCCUCCGGAACCAGAUCGCAGCUUUUGGCCAACAGGUUAUUUGAUCAUUCCAUGGAAGGAUUUAAAAACUGGGAGUUUAUGACCAUUCAUUGCUGGGGAGAACGGGCUGCCGGUGACUGGGUCCUGGAAGUGUAUGAUACCCCCUCGCAGCUGAGGAAUUUCAAGACCCCAGGUAAAUUGAAAGAGUGGUCCUUGGUCCUGUAUGGCACAUCGGUGCAGCCGUACUCCCCCACCAACGAGUUUCCCAAAGUGGAGCGUUUCCGCUACAGCCGCGUGGAAGACCCCACGGACGACUAUGGAACCGAGGAUUACGCAGGUCCCUGUGACCCUGAGUGCAGUGGUGGGGUUGGCUGCGAUGGACCUGGACCUGAGCACUGCAACGACUGCUUGCACUACUACUACAAGCUGAAAAACAACACCCGGAUCUGUGUGUCCAGCUGCCCUUCUGGCCACUACCAUGCGGACAAGAAGCGAUGCCGGAAGUGUGCGCCCAACUGUGAGUCCUGCUUCGGCAGCCACGGUGAUCAGUGUCUGUCCUGUAAAUACGGAUACUUCCUGAAUGAAGAAAUCAACAGCUGUGUCACUCACUGCCCUGACGGGUCGUAUCAGGACACCAAGAAAAAUCUUUGCCGGAAAUGCAGUGAAAAUUGCAAGACAUGCACUGAGUUUCAUAAUUGUACAGAAUGCCGAGAUGGAUUCAGCCUGCAGGGGUCCCGGUGUACUGUCACCUGUGAAGACGGACACUUCUUCAACGGCCUGGACUGCCAGCCCUGCCACCGCUUCUGUGCUACUUGUGCUGGGGCCGGAGCUGAUGGAUGCAUCAAUUGCACAGAAGGUUACUUCAUGGAGGAGGGGAGGUGUGUGCAAAGCUGUAGCAUCAGCUAUUACUUAGACCACUCUUCAGAGAACGCCUACAAGUCCUGCAGAAAAUGUGAUACGAGUUGCUUAACUUGCAAUGGCCCUGGGUUCAAGAACUGUACCAGCUGCCCCAGUGGGUAUCUCUUAGACCUAGGAGCGUGUCAGAUGGGAGCCAUCUGCAAAGAUGGAGAAUACCUUGAUGAGCAGGGCCGCUGCCAGGCCUGUGAACCUUCGUGUGCCACGUGCCGGGGGCCCACCCAGGAAGACUGCACCAGCUGCCCCCUGGCCAGGGUCCUCGAUAGUGGCCACUGCGUGUUGACCUGUCCUUCGUGGAAAUUUGAAUUUAACAACCAAUGCCGCCCAUGCCACUACACCUGCCAAGGAUGCCAAGGAGGUGGAUCCUCCAACUGCACCUCUUGCAGAGCAGACAAAGACGGCCAAGAGCGUCUCCUAUACAAAGGGGAAUGUCGAGAGAGCUGCCCAUUGGGUCACUACCCCACCAAAGAGCAUACGUGCCUGCCCUGCCCAGACAACUGUGAGCUUUGCCAAAGCCCACAGGUCUGCACGCGAUGCCUGAGUGGCUACCUCCUACUGCCCACCAACCAUACCUGCCAGUGGCUGGAGUGUGGACAAGGUGAAGUGCAAGACUCUGACUACGAAGAAUGCCUGCCUUGUGAGGAAGGAUGUCUGGGAUGCAGUGUGGAUGAUCCUGGAGGCUGUACCUCCUGUGCUGCGGGGUAUUACAUGUUUGAGCAGCAUUGUUAUAAAACCUGCCCAGAGAAGACCUUCCCGGAAGGGUGGACAUGCCGGUCCUGCAGCCCUCACUGCGGUAGCUGUGACCAGAACGAGUGCUACUGGUGUGCGGAAGGCUUCUUUCUCUCAGGUGGCGGCUGCGUGCAGCAAUGCGGGCCUGGCUUCUACACUGACCAGGAGGUGGGCGUCUGUGAGCCCUGUCACCACGCCUGCUCGGCCUGCACCGGCCGGGGCUCCCACGAAUGCACCGGCUGUGGAGCCGGGCUGCAGCUGCGUCUGGGGAUGUGCCUGCCGCCAGCCCAGGCCCAGGCGGAAGGCGAGCUGUGGAAAGAAGCUGUGCCCAGUGCAAACCCAUCUUUGGUGAAGAACUUGCUGCCAGAGCCCCGAAGGUGGAAGGUUCAAAUGAAAAGAGACGCUUCCACACAAAAUCAACGUUGUCCUUCUUCUUGUCAAACCUGCGACGCAUCUGGAACUCGUUGCACUUCGUGUGCAAAAGGUGUCUAUCUGUUGGCUCAGGCCUGCGUGGCCUCCUGUCCCCACGGCACGUGGGCCUCGGACAGGAGUGGCCGCUGUGAGCACUGUGCUGAGGGCUGUGGUUCCUGCUCCACCGCCGACCGCUGCGCCACGUGCCGCACGCAGCCGGACUUGCCGCUCUUCCUGCACGAAGGCCGGUGCUACUCCCGGUGUCCUGACCACGGAGUUGGGUUGAGGGAAACGCGAUUUCAUGCUGGUGCAGAUAUCACAGGACUCUCACACAAACCUCGAUGUCACGCAGCUACACAUUGCCCCAAAUUCUGCCACACCUGCUCAUCACCCGGGACCUGCAUCACCUGUCGGGAAGGCUGGCAAAAGACCAAGCUCGGGAACUGCAUUCUGCACAGCGAGUGUGCGGCCAUUGAGUACUGGGAUGAGGCGGGGCACAGGUGUCGGCCGUGUCACCACAAGUGCUGGCACUGCUCAGGGCCCAGGGAGGACCAGUGCGAAGCCUGCCCCAGGCCCAGCCUUCUUCUCAACUCGACGUGCGUGGGGGACUGCCCAGAGGGCUACUACGCGGAGGAGGACAGCCAUCGGUGCGUCCCAUGCCACAGCUCCUGCAGGACCUGUGAAGGGAAGCACAGUCUGCAGUGUCUCUCCUGCCGGCCUGGCUGGCUCCAGCUGGGCAGAGAGUGUGUGCUUCGGUGCAGGGAUGGAUAUUAUGCAGAAAACUCCAGUGGUCAUUGUAAGAAAUGCGACAAGAGAUGCAAGACCUGCGGGGGCCCGCAGCCCACAGACUGUCUGUCGUGUGACAAGUAUUUCUUCCUACUCCGCUCCAAGGGGCAGUGUUACCGCACCUGCCCCCAGCAUUACCACGCAGAGCCACGCACUCAGACCUGUGAGAGAUGCCAUCCGACUUGCAACGAAUGCAAAGGAACACGAGCGUCAGAUUGCGUGUCUUGCGUGUGGAGUUACCACCUCAUGGGAGGAAUCUGCAAUUCGGACUGUUUGCUGGGGGAGUACCGCGUGGGAGAGGGAGAAAAUUUCAGUUGUGAAGCCUGCCACGAGAGCUGCACGGAGUGCAAGGGGCCUGGCCCCAGGAACUGUACCGGGUGCCCCGCCGGCCUGCUGCUGCACCUGGACCACAGCCGCUGCCUCAGCUGCUGCAGCGCUGCCAGACCCACGGACCCCCAGGACUGCUGCGACUGCCAGGAGACCACGGAGGAGUGCAUCCUGCCAGCAGGGAAGGCCAGGCCUGCGGCUGAGCGUUCCAAGACGGCCCUGCUGGUCACCUCCUCCCUCAUGCUGCUGCUCCUGCUGGGGGCCUCGGUGGUUCUCUGGAGGAAGCCCUGGAGCCGAGUCCAGCCGGUAGAAAAGGCGGGCUAUGAAAAGCUGUCUAACCCUAGCCCGCCUCACUCUUCCUACAAGAGCAGCUAUCUCCAGAGCACCAGCUUUGAAGACCAGGUGAUCGAGUACAGGGACCGGGACUAUGAUGAGGAUGACGAAGAUGACAUUGUCUACAUGGGCCAAGAUGGCACUGUCUACCGGAAGUUUAAGUAUGGGCUGCUGGAUGACGAGGAGGAGGGCGAGCUGGAAUAUGAUGAUGAGAGUUACUCCUACUCGUGAACAGGCCCCCCGCCCCCACCCCCACCCCACCCCCACCCC